AUGGCUGGGACGAAAGCGAGCUACAUCACACCAUGGCUCUGGAAAGAUGAGGAUGAGCAAGAAGAAGAGGAGGAGGUGGUGGUGGUGAUAACCUGCUACACCCCGAAGAAGGGUGGGCUUUAUCUCUUUCGAUACAAGAGGCCGCUCUUUGGCCUCUGUCGCCAAGCAACUUCGAAAGGAGAUAGCCUUUGGUUCGCGCAUAUGGAGAAUAUAAUGCUUUAUACCGGCCCAUGGAAUCAGCAGCUACUGAGAGAACUUAUGGACGAGAUCCAAGAAGAGUCUCAUCGUCAAGAGAGCAACUACAUUACCAUAUAUCGCGGUAUGAAAGAGAAAUUAUACGAAUGGGUGCCCAUCGCACGCAACCUUUGCCGGUCAAUAUCUACCGUGACUUUCUUCAGCCUGCGACUCGCCUGUGGUAUCGGAAGCGCAACAUCCCUUACCGACUUGGAUACCUCUUUCACGCCCCUCCCGGGACGGGCAAGUCAAGUUUGUGUUUCGCCACCGCCAGUCUUCUCAGCCUAG